AUGCUGUCUGCCAGGUCAAGGAGUGCGCUCCGAGCUGCCAGCUGUCUCUCACACUCAUCACAGGCCGGUAGGAGGCAGUUCUCGACUACCGUCGUAGCCUCUGCUCUCUCGCCGCAUCGAAGACCGUCACAGAAGACCGCGUCUCUAGAUACUUCGAGGCGUGGACAGAGCACGGCUACCGCUUCUUCACCUUUUGUUGGGCUGAGCGGUGGUCAGAUCUUUCAUGAGAUGAUGUUGCGUCUUGGUGUGAAACACAUAUUUGGAUACCCCGGAGGUGCUAUUUUGCCUGUUUUUGACGCCAUCUUCAACUCGAGCCACUUCGACUUUGUCCUCCCACGACAUGAACAAGGUGCUGGUCACAUGGCCGAGGGAUACGCCCGAGCUACGGGAAAACCUGGUGUUGUCCUUGUUACCUCAGGCCCUGGAGCCACUAACGUCAUUACCCCGAUGCAAGAUGCCCUUUCGGAUGGUACUCCCAUGGUCGUUUUCUGCGGACAGGUCCCCACCACCUCUAUUGGCACAGAUGCUUUCCAGGAAGCCGACGUUAUCGGUAUCUCGAGAGCUUGCACAAAAUGGAAUGUUAUGGUAAAAAACGUCGCAGAGCUUCCGAGGCGUAUCAAGGAAGCGUUUGAGAUUGCUACCAGUGGCCGCCCCGGACCAGUCCUGGUUGAUCUUCCCAAGGACGUUACCGGUGGAAUUCUGCGAAAGGCUAUCCCUAUGGCUUCCAGUAUCCCCUCUCACCCCAGCGCAGCCUCCAUUGCUGCCCGUGAACUCAGCCGGCAACAGUUGGAGGCUUCUAUCGAACGUGUGGCUAAGCUGAUCAAUAUGUCGAAAAAACCGGUCCUGUACGUCGGCCAAGGCCUCAGCGCUCGCCCGGAAGGCCCAGCGCUGCUGAAAGAGCUAGCCGAUAAAGCCAACAUCCCUGUCACCACAACCUUGCAAGGUCUUGGCGGCUUUGAUGAACUGGACCCAAAAUCCCUGCACAUGCUGGGAAUGCACGGCUCCGCUUAUGCAAACAUGGCCAUGCAAGAGGCUGAUCUCAUCAUCGCCAUGGGAGCUCGCUUCGAUGACCGUGUUACCGGAAAUAUCGCAAAAUUCGCUCCCCAAGCCAAGGCCGCUGCCCUAGCAGGCCGCGGUGGUAUCGUACAUUUUGAAGUGAUGCCCAAGAACAUCAACAAGGUUGUUGAAGCUACCGAAGCCGUCGAAGGUGACUGUGCAGAUAACCUUGCCAUUCUUCUCCCCCAUAUCACUCCCGUUGCAGAACGACCCGAGUGGUUUGCACAGAUCAACGACUGGAAAGCUCGCUUCCCACUCUCUUCAUAUGAUCGCCAAACACCCGACGGCCUUAUAAAACCACAGGCAGUCAUCGAAAAACUCAGUGAGAUGACAGCCCAUCGGAAAGACAAGACUGUCAUCACCACCGGUGUAGGCCAGCAUCAGAUGUGGGCUGCUCAGCACUUCCGUUGGCGCCAUCCACGCACGAUGAUCACCUCUGGUGGAUUGGGAACCAUGGGUUACGGCCUGCCGUCCGCCAUUGGUGCCAAAGUAGCUCGGCCAGAUGCCCUUGUCAUCGAUAUUGACGGUGACGCCUCCUUCAACAUGACUCUCACCGAACUUUCGACUGCUGCCCAGUUCAACAUUGGCGUCAAAGUCAUUGUACUAAACAACGAGGAACAGGGCAUGGUCACACAAUGGCAGAGCUUGUUCUACGAAGACAGAUUUGCACAUACACACCAGAAGAACCCAGAUUUCGUCCUUGUUUCAGAGGCCAUGGGUGUCCAGGCUCGAAGGUGCUUGACACCGGACCAGGUAGAGUCAAGUCUGCAAUGGUUGAUAGAUAGUAAGGGACCAGCAUUGUUGGAGAUUAUGACCGACAAGAAGGUUCCAGUCCUGCCAAUGGUGCCUGCUGGAAAGGCUUUGCAUGAGUUCUUGGUAUAUGAUGAAGCCAAAGAAAAGGAACGAAGAGCCAUAAUGAAGAAGCGAUCUGGGCAUUAA